GUACAGGAACAGAUACAGGAACAGGAACAGAUACAGGUACAGGAACAGAUACAGGUACAGGAACAGGAACGGGAACAGAUACAGGAACAGCAGGUAGAGGUAGAGGAACAGGUAGAGGAACAGGUAGAGGUAGAAGAACAGGUAGAGGUAGAGGAACAGCAGGUACAGGUAGAUGAACAGGUAGAGGAACAGGUAGAGGUAGAGGAA